CAAGGGGAAGAAAACCCGGCCCUGGGUGCUGCCGCAGCGCCCCCGGCUGCUGGAUCGGGGCUCCGGGCACACGCGGCCGGGGCGGGCCCAGCUCAGGCCGGGGGCAGAGCCUGGACGCCGCGUCCCGGGCCGCGCGGAAACCCGACUCCCCGGCAGCCAGGCCGCGGCUCCCCCCGGCGCUCGCUCUGCUCCGCUCCGCCCGGCAGCGGGGCCGGGACCUGCCCGUGGCGAGGCGAGGCGAGGCGAGGCGGCGCCGGGACUCUGCCCAGCCCGGAGCGGGAGCGGAGCUCGGCCGGGCCGGGCCCGCUGGAGAAGCCCCGCCCGGGGGGGCCAUGGCCGAGCGGGCCGCUGCCCAGGCUCCAGAGUGGGACCCGGAGUCAAAGCGCCCGAUGCCUUUCCAAUCCCGCUCUGACCCCACACAGACUUCUGAGAGAGAGAGCCAGCUGCAACCAGCAAAGCUUUCCAUGUGGCCCGCAGUAGCUGCAAUCCAAGCUGUGGACAGGACGGUGGAUUCCCAUGCCACGCGGUUGCUGACUCUGGAGAGGAGAGUGGGGACAGCAGAGAAGAAAUUAGUCGAUUGUGAGAAAACAGUGAUGCAAUUUGAAAGCCAGCUGGAGAGUAAGUGGGCCGCGCUAGGAACUCUGAUCCAGGGGUACGGACGGCUGCAGAGGAGGCUGGAGAACAUGGAGAACCUGCUGAAGAACAGGAACUUCUGGAUCCUGAGACUCCCCCCAGGCGCUAGGGGGGAGGUCCCCAAGGUGCCGGUGACGUUCGACGACGUCUCCGUCUAUUUCAACGAGCCGGAGUGGGGGAGCUUAGAGGAAUGGCAGAAGGAGCUUUACAAGAACAUGAUGAAGGGGAAUUAUGAGGCCCUGAUCUCCCUGGACUACGCCAUCUCCAAACCUGACCUCCUGUCCCGGAUUGAACGAGGGGAGGAGCCGUGUGUCAGAGAUCGGGGUCGUUCAGAGGAGAGCGAGAUCCCUGCAGACCCCAGCCCAGAAUCCCCCGUCUCUGCACCAGACAUUUCAUUGUGGAUUAACCAGGAGGAGGAUCCGGGCUGCGGGGCCCGAGGGGACUCUGGGGAAAACGAAAUCAGUGGAAGCCCCUGCUCGGAGUUUCCGAUUGUCCCCCCCGAGGCCGUGUCCUGGGUUAAACGUGAGGAAGAGCCGUGUGGGCAGGAUCGGCCAGUCUGUGGAGAAGGCAGAACCCCUGCAGGCCCCAGCCCUGAACCUCCUGCUCCUGCGCCUGCCCGUUCCCCCUGGGUUAAACCGGAGCCGGAGGUGUGUGCUAGGACUCAACCAGCUUUGGAGCAAAGGGGGCUCCCUGGAGAGCCCAGCGCAGGUGAGAUCCCGCUCCAACUUGCAGAGGAGCAUCGUGCGGAGGAGGUGGGCAAGGGCCCCCCCAGGGCAGUUUGUGCAACAUCCAAAGGGACCAUGGUCCAGAGCCCCGGCGAGGGCCCUGCGGCUCGGCAGAGAAGUGUCCUGGGACAGUCGGCUCAGGGCAAGAGGGGCAUUGGGGAGCUCCGAGGAGCCGGGGGCCAGCAGAGAGCCGUGGGGGGUGAGCGGCCCGGCCCAUGUCCCGAGCGUGGGAAGUGCUUGGGGCAGAAGCAGUCGCUGCUAAGCCCCAAGAAGAGCCUGUUGGCGGAGAAGCCCGCCAAGUGCAGGGAAUGCGGCAAGAGCGUCGGCCGGAUUCAGUGCUGCCUCCAGCACCAGCACAUGCCCCCGGGUAAGCUGCCCUUCACCUGCGCCGAGUGCCGGAAGCGCUUCCGCAAGAAGCGGCCCCUGCUCUUCCCCCCCGAGCCCCACAUGGCCGAGCAGCCCUUCUCCUGCCCCGCCUGCGGCAAGGCCUUCAGCCAGCGGGACAUGCUCCUGGCUCACCAGAAGACCCACCUCUGAGAGCACAAGUACCUGUGAGCUGCCUGCCGCCAGGGCUUUGUCCCCGAGGAGUAAACGCAGCACCAGUGGGCGCACGCCAUGGGGGGCUGCCCCGCCUGUGCCACCUGGCCACGCACCAGUGGGUCCCUCCAAGGGCACUCAGUGUGGGCGGGGCUUUGCCCGCCAGGACAGCCUGGCACAGCACCAGAGGACUCGUCUCCUGCCGAGGGCACCGCGGGGCUGGCAGCGGGGAGCCAGGGCCUCUCAGGCUGCACCAGCCUGAGCUGGACUUGGCGAGCCAGCCCCCUACUGUGCCCACGUGACACGUGUUCCAUCCCUCCCGGGUGCCAGCCGGCCCUGGGCCAGGCGAGGCAGAGACCUUCCAGGAAUAGAGUCCCUGGGGAGGGGUUUGCUGCCCACCCGAGCCCUUCAGAGAAACCAUCGGUGCAGAGUGCGGGGAUAGGGCUUCCCCCAGCUCUGUGGUGGGGAACGUGUCGGGUCGGAGCACUACCGGGGCCAGCACCUGCUGGGAGGAACAGCUGCCGCUCCUGAGCACGGGGAAGGAUAAACGACACUGAGAAUCUGGGCAGGAGGCGUCGCUCACUGUGGGAACAGCCUCAGUCACACCCCACAAGCCAGCCGGGCUGGUGCGUUCAGGUCCCUUUGCGCACCCCUGUGUUCGGGCAGCACGAAGGGGGCAGAAAGCAACCAGGUCAGGCCAGCUGAGAUCCCCGGGCACGGGGGAGCUCUUGCCUUGUGCAACUGGCUCCCGUGCCACCCUGGCCACCCAAACCUGUACAGGGGCCUCAGCCAACGUGCCUGGCGCUCCAGCUCUCCCCACUUUGCCCUGAGCGCUGUGAGCCCUCCACACCUCUGCCUAUCCCCCGGGCUGGGGAUUUGGCGCGUGUGGAAGAUGCCAGGUUAAGCAGGGCUGGACAGUGACAGUGUCCGUCCCCAGAGCAGGCCCGGCAUGUGUAGUGACCAUGCCAGUGUCCCCACCAGGCUCUUCCAUUCUGGGGUGGCUGGGCCGCUCCUAACCCCAGAGACUCCAGUGGGGGUCUGGGUCGCACGCUCUGCCUGUUGGUAACUGGACGGUCUGACCAACGGGCUCCAACCACGUCUGAUGAUAACGACGCUUGGCUGGUACUGACCUGGGGCCAGGUCACAGGUGUAAAGCUCCGUCCCUUGUGACCAGUCCUCCCCGCUCCCAGCCAAUUGGCUGCUCCGAUGUCAUUGAGACACGGGAUCACAGACCGUGGAGAGGAACCGCGUGGCGUGCACCGAGUGUGGGAAAAGCUCCCGCUAUGAGCAUCUCCCGGUUACCUGCCGAGAGUCACAGCAGGACGUGCUCCUCCUCAGGGACGGGCCCCUGGGCCUGCAGCAGGGAAUCAAACCUAGGCCCCUCUGUUCCAAAGCAGAACAGGACUGUUCUGGUUUGAUGGUAGAAAUAUCGAAACAGCCCAGGAAUGUAACUCUCGGCGCUGGGAGAACUCAGAUGGUGUAGUUCUCCGCUGUCCUGCACCCUGUGCAGUCUCUUCCCCUGUGCAAAGUGGGUGCAGAACGCUUCUGUAUCAGCCGGCUGCAGCCUCCCCCUCUGGGCCAGUGUCACUGAGAGCAGAGGGUGCCAGGCUGUGGGGACACAGGCCCAGAGUUGCAGUCCUGGCCGGUUCUCCAGCGAGGACAGCUAGGUUGGGAUUUUCAGAACAGCCUUUGGGAAUUAGGUGCCUAAAUUCCAUUCCGAGUCAAUGGGAGCUGGACACCGAGGUCCCUUAGGUGACUUCAAAAAAUCCCAGCCGGAGCCUUGGAGCUUAACUCGUUUCUAGACAGUUAGGGUUGGAGUGAGAGAAAUCCUUGAUGCCGCUGGUUCUAGUCCACGUUCCUACCUGCUUACGGGAAGUGGAAACAUACACAGUGAAAUGUCAAAAUAAGCUGGGGGGGGGGUAAAUUACUUUCAAAAUGCUGCUUUUGGCUGCCUGUCUUCUCUGACCUCCCCAGCUCAGCCUGUUACCAGCCCUGGGUGGGCUUCUCCUUUUCUGCCUGGGCUCACACAGUGUGGUACAGUAUUUAUUCUGCAUCACAGAGCUGGGCUGCUGAGGUUUUUCUUUAGUUUCAAUGGAGAGGCUGUGGGAACUGACACCAACACCCAAAAUACACAGGGUUUCCUUUUCAGGAGGGGCCAGGGGAGGAGAAUCCCCUUCCCAUGAUCUCCAGGGUGAAAGAGCUGCUGUAAACCUGUCUGCUCCAGAAACAUGUAAAGAGCAGCUUGGUAGAAAUGGGGGUUUUCUAAAGUCUGUAAAUAAAAUUGUACCAGCUCA